AUGGCCGCUGAUCAGCUGUUUCAGCCGAACGGAGUGCCUUAUCAGAUCGAGGAAGGAGAGCGACAGUCUCCGCUGGAGGGUCCUCAACCCUUGAGAUGCUUGGGAUGUGCUUUGGGACCCUCGGCGACAGACCCGGCGUUUCGGCAUCAUGCCAGCUCCAACUGUGUGGAUCUUCAGCGAGAGUAUGACUACCCGGAGGGCUACCGAGAUUGGCUUCCUGGCCUCGCAGUCCUCAGUGUCAUGUGCCUGGCUGGAUACCUGAUCAUUACCUACACCAACAGGUCCGUCAGUUCCCUUUCCGACCUAGCUUGGGGGUUGCGCAUGUUGGGCGUUGGAUUCGGUAUCAUCUUCGGCUUGGUCCAUCUACUUCACUGUUGCUUCCACUCACCCAGCGCCCCUGCACCACUCUCCCGGACAGAGCUCUACCACUUGGUGGGCCGGACCACGUGCACCUUUUGGUCAGUCGUGCUGCUCCUGGGCUUUCUGUGCCUUGACAUGGCCAGAGCGCCUGAGGGCUUGGCUUUCAUCCACGGAGCUUUGUACCUCUUUCAGUCCUUGGCAUCCAUCCUAGUGCUGACGCCAUCUUGGCUUCUGGGGAAUUGCUUGACCAAGGAGCCCAUCAAAGCUGGACUGCUGGUGAGCAUGUUUUGGUGUGGCGCCUUGUUUUCUGCGGGCACCUCUGGUGAGUUCAACACCCGACUGCUCUACUUCUGGCGUGAUUGGGACCCUGCCUGCCAUGCGAAGUCGCCUCUGGGUCCCACCUGGCCAUAUGACGAUCCCUCCACCUCCUGCGUGGCAAAGGCGCUGGUGGAAUGGAUACUCACGCCUGGUAUCGUGGAAGAAUCCAUGAAGCUGCUGGUGCUUUUGCGCUUGGUUCCCUCGUUGGAAGAUGCGAUGCGCUCCCUUUGGCUGACGCGAUGCCCCCGCAUGUCGACGUUUCAAUGCUUGCCCUGCUGCGGGUGGUUUCUGAAGCUGGCAGCUUCUCCAGUCGUGGUGGUCCUUUGUGGUAUGUCGUCAGUGGGGGCUGGCUUUUCGACCCGGGAAAACGUCUCCUACAUCGGCCGAAUCAAAGGGCAAGUGGAAUCAACACGCAACCUCCUGCCUGCUGUUGGCCGAUUGAUCGCCGCGGUGCUUCAUAUCUCCCUGACUGGCACCUGUGCGUUUUUCUUGGCGGUGUCCCUCUUCAAAGGCAAGGCAUAUCGAUGGGCGAAGUACUUGGGCUGGGCGCUGAUGGUUGUGGCUCAUGGAAGCUUUGAUGCAUUCCUGACCUUCAACCAAGCCGUGCCCUUGCAUGAGUGUUACUUUCGCGCCACGUGUGAUCAGACAACGCGAAAAUGCACCAUCGACAAGAAAGGGAUGUUGGCUGGCUGCCGCUGUAGCAGUGGGGUCGAUCCUGAGACCAGACGCUGCAAGGGUCGCAAGGCCAACGGGAACACGUCGGAGCUGACGCUGAGCACGGACUUCACGGACUUGGCUAAGGCUGAGGACUUUUGGGAGCUGGCGGCGGACCGACGGUGGGGCGCAGACUGUAAUCAGCUGCCCGAGAACUCCUAUAUUUGUGGUGCUGUCUAUGUGUCCUGGUUUCCCAUUUGGCCGGCUCCUAUUUUAGGUCUUCUCAUCAUUAUCACUUUCACGCUCUUGGGUUGUUGCGCGACUCCACGCUUGGAGCGUUCUUUCCAAUCCUCUGCUGGCAGCGAGGAGCUGUGCCAUGUGAUUUCACCCAAGCUGCAUGCCAACAUCUCCGAGCGCUCGGUGGCGGAAGUCGUCGGCUUCAUCGGCCUCAUCAUGAAAGAGCGGGGCGACCUCCUUGAGGCCUGCCGUUUGUACCAAAAGUCUGUGCUCAUGGCUUCAGACCAUGGCUCGUUGUGCCUGAACCUCAUGCACACCUACUCCUUGCGGCGCGACGACUUGCGAGCAGUUGCCUGGGGGAAGCGGUUCAUGCAGAAGCAGCAGCUAUUUGCUCCAGUGCUGGCAGCUUUGGAUGGAAAGUCGGUCAGCGACGACGCCAAGAUCUUUGGGGUCAAAGACUUCGCCGCCGAGAACGAGUUCCAUGAUGCCUUAGCCAUCGGCCUGGUGACUUUCAAGCUGCUCUUCCUGGCGCAGCCCAGAGGCUUUGAGAGCAAGGGAGAGCCCAGCUGGUUGAAGCGGCUGAAAACCAUGGAGAUUGAGUCACACAUCGUCGGCCCUGGCGUGCUCUCGCUGAUGGAGGAUACCUGGCGGCGGCGUAGCGAGAUGGAUGCAAGCAUGUUGGUUGGCGCACAGAAGCACAAUCAAGUGCUCAAGCGCCUUUGCGGGGUGUUAGAGAAGUGCUGCCAGGGCCAUGACCUGCACCUGACGCCAGUGCGGAAUGAGAAUGCAUACUUCCGCUGCAUCAAGGACAUCCUGGCACGUGAGAGCAGCGAAGCGGUCCCCAAGGCUCCCACGAACUUCAAGCCGAUGUUCGUGGUUGGGGAUUCCCAUGUCCUCUCCAUGGCCUGGCAGUUCGUGGACUUUGAUGACCAGCACUUCAUCUUGAUACCUCUCCUCGUGACCGGCGUCAAACUUUGGCAUCUCAGGGAAGAGUCCAAGUUCUUCACAGUGUUUUCAUUUUGGGACAAGUUGCAGAUCAUCCCCAUCGAGACCCCCGUGAUGUUCCUGCUGGGGGAGAUCGAUUGCCGUGAGGGCGUCCUCACCACCGUGCAGAAGGGGAAGUACACGAGCUUUGACGAUGCCUUGCGAACCAUCGUCAACGUUUACUUGGACGUCCUGGUGCAAGUGCGGAGGAAGUUGACGUCCAACCGCAUCUUCGUCCACCCUGUGCCAAGCGUGCUUCCUGAGACGCGUUUCCUGACGAUGGCAAUGAACAAUCUCCUAGACAGCGACUGGAGCCAAAACUCCAUGAACAAGGCGCGGGUGAAACUGCUCAAAAUCCAGAGCAUUUUCGACAGCCCCGUGCCAGAGGAUGCAGAUAUCACGACCUUGUCCAAAUUGCAGCUUCUGCCGGACUUGCGGCUGGAUGGGAUUCAUUUGAGCCCCAGCUAUGUGAAGUCGCACCUGGCUCCAGCCAUGCAGCAAGCGUGGAGCUGA